GUAGGAGAAGAAAUAGAAUGAGUGAUAAGCCUAACUUUCCCUUUCCCCAGACACAGUCUCCUCCAUCACUCCCAUUACCUCUCCCACGUUCCACAUUGUCUUUCUGCAGAUCAAAUGUGUUGAGGGGCUCCCUGUAGACACCUGGGCCACCCAUGUUUACAGUUACAGCCAAAUGCUCCUGAAGUUUGGAAUGUACUUCAGGAUGUGUUGUCACACUAACUGGCUGUAGAGCAACACACACACACACAUGAACAACUAGGACAGAAUGACAACAACCUGUGGGGCAGCAGGGCAGCACAGCCGGGGGACCACAGAAACCCUCUGCACAUACCAGCAGGAUGGGCUCUGCUCAAGACCCAACAGCUGCUGCCGAGCUUUUCUGUGCUUUACCUUCUAGAAACUCUUUUCCAACCAUUUCUGUGAUUCCCUUGCUGAGGAACAUAUUCAGUGCUGGUAGCUCGGUGUGCAGCUGCAGUGUCAGCCGCAGGUUGGGCUCUGGGCCAUGAGAGCCCCAGGCAAGAGGCCAGGAACUGGCGCUGACCCUUGGCACAACAGAGGGCACAGGACCUGUGGCACAGCCAGGUGACCGGACACUGAGACACAGCAGGAGCCGAGGACUCAGCAGGAAGAGCCAGGACUUUGACACAUGUAGACUGGGAGAGCAUAAAAGUUCAGUGCUUCCUUUGUUUAGGUCCCUCCUUGGAAGCACAAGCUCAGGCUGUUUCUGUGUUACUGUACUGUUAAUAAUUUGCUUUAAGGAACCAGGUUUUGAGGCUCUGCUAAGGAAAACCCAGGCUAGAGACGGCACACUGCUGUACCUGCUGUCCCCACUGCACAGGACUUCCAACCCUGCUGCUUGGGUGUCCAGUGUUUCACCGAGCUUUACAGCCAACUGCAACAAAAGCAUUCAGUGAUGGCACUGGGGUCUGAACGUGCAACUGUGGAUCCCUUAAGUCAGGUGGACUCAGGCAGAACCCAGAAAUUGGCUAAUCUUAGCCAGGACUCAGGAGCGAUGUCGCAACAACUCCUUUACCGAGCUCUGGUGUCUGCAAAAUGGCUUUCAGAAGCCAUCAAGUCCCAGCAAGCUGGCCUGGCCUUGAGAAUCGUGGAUGCAUCCUGGUACUUGCCAAAGAUGAAGCGCGAUCCGAAGCGGGAGUUUGAGGAGCGCCACAUCCCUGGUGCGGUUUUCUUCGACAUUGACCAGUGCAGUGACCGAACCUCGCCUUACGAUCACAUGCUGCCCAAGGCUAAUGACUUUGCCGAGUAUGUGGGGAAGCUGGGUGUGGGGAAUGAUUCCCAUGUUGUGGUGUACGAUGGCAGCGACCAAGGUCUCUUCUCAGCACCUCGCGUGUGGUGGAUGUUCCGGGUCUUCGGACACGAAGCUGUCUCCCUUCUGGAUGGCGGCCUGAAGAACUGGCAGCGAGAGGGGAAUGCACUUAGCUCUGGGAAAACCCAGGUAGCUCCAUCUGAGUUCCAUGCCUCCUUGGACAAGUCUCUGGUGAAAACAUAUGAGGACGUCUUAGAUAACUUGGAUUCCCGUCACUUCCAGCUAGUGGAUGCCCGCGCUGCAGGACGGUUCCGGGGAGUAGAGCCAGAGCCCCGAGAUGGAAUUGAGCCUGGUCAUGUCCCUGGGUCGACGAGCAUCCCCUUCACUGAUUUCCUCACAGAGUCUGGCUUAGAGAAGACCCCUGAGCAAAUCCGCACUCUGUUCCAGGAGAAGAAGGUGGACCUCUUAAAGCCAGUGGUAGCCACAUGUGGCUCUGGGGUCACUGCCUGCCAUGUGGCUCUGGGGGCCUACCUCUGUGGCAAGCCAGAUGUCGCAGUGUACGACGGGGCCUGGGUGGAAUGGUACAUGCGGGCACAGCCUGAAAAUAUUAUUUCUGAGGGAAAGGGGAAAAGAGUGUAAUAAGCUGCACUGUUUCCCAGCUGUGCACGCAGCUUGCCUUGAAACAGGAUUUGGAAAAGAUGGGUUUAGCAUUCCUGAUUAUGUGUAUUGAGGUGAAGGCAUUGGAUAACAAUCAUGCGCACAUGGUGCUUCGGCACUUUCUCCUUACCCUGCUGCUGCUUAGGAGGAUGAAGAUGACAGCAGUUCUGGGCAGCCAGCUCUAGGUGACCCUGCUUGAGCAGAUAGGGUGGAACAGAUGUCCUCCCAAGGUCACUUCCAACCUCAGCCAUUCUGUGAUUCUGUGACCAUUUCACCGUAUCAGAUGGAUGGCAGAGAGUGCUGCUGCCAGCAUGGGGAAUUAAUUGAGUUAAGCCAAGCUCCUGACUCAAAACCUUCAGUCAUGCUCAUUCAUGGGAUGGUCAUACUUAUAUAACUGUGCUUCAUAAUCAUGCUCUCUGCUUCUGUCCCAGCCAUGCAUGUUAUGGCCACUUUGAAUGCAAAACUUCGUGGAAAUAGAUGGCUGUUAAAGGAGCAAAUGCAGCAUUCAGGUUGGCACUUAGGCUAGAGAUUGAUUUGUAUAUCUUCUUGUACUUGGAUUCUAAUGUGUACUCAGCCAGCCUUGUAGCCCCUUUGUCCAAAAUCCCCCUUGAGAAAAAGAAAAGGUUCUGGGAUUUAAACAAUGUAAAUAAAUGUGUUUCAAGGUC